AAUGGAUACAAGCGCGACUCAACCUGUGGAAGCCGCCCGUGAUGAACAGCUGAUCCUCCCGCAGUGGAUAAAAAAAAACCAAAAAAAAAAACCCGAUGACCAUGAUCACCGCCGAGUCAUGAUUGCUCAUCCCACGCGCGGCACUAUGUGAUUAGUUAUUGGAGAAGUAGACAAAAGGGAAAUAACUAGAAGGAAAGUAGAUUGGAGUGCGUGAAGGAGUGUUUUUUGGACCUGUUGAUCAUCAGUGUGACGGACGGACACACAGAGACUACCUGCAGCUCACCGACCAUCAACUAUGUUAUUGUCAAGUUUGCUUCUCUUCACCUUUUCUCGCUUUUGGGCGCCUCUGUUCCUCUGCUACCUGCCUCAAGUCUCCGCACAGAAGCCGGGCUCACGGUGGCUGAUCGGAGACAGGGACAGUCACUGUGGGGUCAUCUGCUCUCGGACGCAGGGGAAGCCGGUGUGCGGCUCGGACGGCCGGAGCUAUGAGACCGGCUGUGAACUGCAGAGGGCGCGCUGCAAAGAUAAAACACUGACACUGGCACACCGCGGCCGGUGUCGAGGCAAAAAUUGGGUGAUAAUCGAUCAGUUGCCGGUGGCUCCGGCACCAACUUCCACAUCUGAGACGAGAGACCUGGAGCUCAAAGAUGCAGGUCAGUCCAAGUGUCGCGUUGAGAGGAACCAGGCUUUGGAACAAGCCAGGAGACCUCAAGAGUCCAUGUUUAUCCCAGAAUGCAACGAGGAUGGAACAUUUGCUCAGGUCCAGUGCCAUACUCUGACAGGUUACUGCUGGUGUGUCACCAGUGAUGGCAAGCCAGUGAGUGGCUCCUCUGUGCAUAACAGGACCCCGGUGUGUUCAGGAAACUUCCGUGAAUUUAUGGGAACUCAUGCUGGGACAAGUGGAUUGUCAGGGUCAGUAACCGAUAGACCACCCGGGCCACCGAACUCUGGUAGAAAAGUCUCUUUCCGUUUCUUUCUCACCCUCAACCCAGAUGAUGGCUCCAAGCCCACACCCACAAUGGAGACUCACGUCCCCCCUGAGGGUGACGAGAUAACUGCUCCAACGCUGUGGAUAAAACAGCUGGUUUAUAAGGAGAAUAAGCAGAACAGCUCCACUUCCAGGAAGCAAGAGAAAGUUCCCUCUUGUGACCAGGAGCGACAGAGUGCACUGGACGAGGCUCGGCAGAAUCCUCGCGAGGCCAUUUUCAUUCCCGACUGCGGUCUCGGAGGCCUUUACAAACCGGUCCAGUGCCACCAGUCCACAGGCUACUGCUGGUGUGUUCUGGUGGACACGGGACGGCCCAUUCCUGGAACCUCCACCAGGUACCAGACGCCAGAGUGUGACGGCGCUGCGCGAUAUCGCAUCUCAGACGCUGAAGAUCCCUUCCAAGGCAGAGAGCUGACAGGCUGCCCAGAGGGGAAGAAAGUGGAAUUCAUUACAAGCUUGUUAGAUGCCCUCACCACAGACAUGGUUCAAGCCAUAAAUUCACCAGCCCCCUCCGGUGGUGGGAGGUUUGUUGAGCCUGACCCCAGUCACACUUUAGAGGAGCGGGUGGUGCACUGGUACUUCGCCCAGCUGGACAACAACGGCAGCCAUGACAUCAACAAGAAGGAACUCAAGCCAUUUAAGAGGUACCUGAAGAAGAAAGCCAAACCCAAGAAAUGCGCCCGCAAGUUCACCGACUACUGUGACCUGAAUAAGGACAGAGCCAUUUCCCUGCAGGAGCUGAAAGGCUGCCUGGGCGUCAGCAAGGAGGGUAGCUCAACAACAAGUGGCAACCAAGGGCCAAGGCAAGGGACAAAAUUGUUCAUAGGUCGUCUGGUGUGAGAAGAGAAGGAUCCAGAAGCUGAGACGAGAGCAGAGGGCACAGAGGGAAGGCAUCUGUACGCUUGCUGACAGGAAAGAGAAAGAUGGAGCAGAAAAAUGAAGAAGUUCCCGAGUUUCAAAAAAAAAACAAAAAAACAAAAGUGAACAGAAAAAAGUGAAAAGAAAACAAAGCGGCGCCAAAAUAUUUGCACUUUCUCCUCCCUAUGUUUGACAUUUUAUCCGUUUGUACGUGUUUUUUUUCUUCUUUUCAAUUGACUGCAAAGGUCUAGGUAAGAAUGAGAAUAUAUUUGUAAAAAGAUCACCACUGGAAGAUGUGUAUGAUACCACAUUUCCCCUUGUGUUUUAGUCUGCUGUUGUGAUUCAUUCUGUCCUCGCAGAACAGGAACAGGCACUAACACACAUUUUGUGGCUACUAAAUUAAACUUACACUUCCCCUGUUACACACAGCAGCCCACAGGCCAGUGGUAAGUCACUAAAGAGGAGCUUACAGUCAAAUUCAGCCCAAAUGUUGCUCGAUACUCAGGAGGAACUAUGGCAAUGUAGGCUUAAAGAAAUGUGUAAUGUUGUAUGCGAGCAUAUUAAGUGAACGGCAUGUAUUACAAUCUAACUGUGACCGUGAAGUCUAAUUUAUCAGCACAGAAUUAGCUGAGGACUCCCCUUGCACUGCACAGAACUCUGCAGACAGAUUGACAUUUUUGGCUUCAGAAUCAGAUCUUUGUGAACAAUAUGGUCUGGUUUUUGUUCAGUACAUACAGUACCACUGUUGGGGAACGCUCGCUGUAAGAACUUACCACACGAUUACUUAAAGGUGUACUUUUAGUGCAACCCAAAACCAAUGCAAUGCCCAUCAGGUUGUUUGUAGUCCUCUCGGUUAUCAGCAUGUUGUCUGCACAAGAUGCCUUGAGGUUUUCAUUGUUUUUCUACUUUUGUGUAUAAAGUUUGUGCUAACAAAAAAGAAAUCAUUUUAGUUAAGAAAAAAACAUUGCAAAAAGCUAACAGUAACAGAUUGUGGAAAAUGUGUAGCAGCUGUCAAAUACUGGUAUAGAACAUACUCAGUCUAAGCAGCGGUAUACUAACAGCAGGCAAAACAUUUCUACAAGCACAAUUAAUUGGAUUUAAUGUUUUUAUCUAAAAAAUGUUGAUUAAUGCAGCUUUAAGUUCAAACCACAAUGAAGGCCGAUGGUUUACACAUAACUUUUGACAUUCUGUUGUUCAAUGUGUCAUUUUAUGCGGCUAGUUUUACUACCCUACAUGGUUCAUAAUUCAUUACUCAAUUAGUACACAAUGAAACAGCUAAAGACUAUUUCCAGUGUGUUAUUGGUGACGUUUGUUUUUUUUGUUUGGUGAUCAUAGGAUCAUAGGCCACCUUUACAAAUUGCAAUAACAUCAACAAAUCUCUGACAAAGACCCCCCUGGUGGGGAUUUUAUUUUUCCAAAACAGAUUACAGUGCAGAGACGUUUAAAUAUUCGUAUUAGUCCCGGGAAAAAGAGGUGGCAGAGAUGACUAAACCCAACCAGUAAACGGAGUAAAAUGUUUACACGGCUCAGUAUCCCGUUAAUAUCAGCUCAUUUCACUCGUCACACUCACGUUUAUUGCAGUUCUUGUAAACAAGAUGUGGCUUUGACAAAUGCCAGUUCCUAAAAUAAAUAUUUGAGUCUCCCCAGUAAUUUCGGAGUUCAUUUUGUGUAUGUAAACACACGUAUUGCCUGUCCUCCAACAGUUGAUGUCAGUCCUGCUCUGAGAAACACUUACCACCACACAUACUUGGAGCUUUGCCACCUAACGCAAGACAAUGCAGCAAGUCUUUUUAAAUACCCACAAGGGUAUGAGAUGAAGAAGAAAAACACCCGAGAAAAGACCAUAUGAACAAGUUUUGGAAUGAAAAUAAAAUUUCUUCCUCACAUUUGGGAACAAUUGAGUUGGAAAAUUGGAGAAUCCUGAGUUUGCUAUAGUGGUCUGAAUGCUUGCGCAUUUGUUGUGGAGUUGUGUAUUUCUUAUAUUCCCAAGAGUCACUGCAGUGGCUCAUGAACAUGAGACAGAAAAGGCUCCCAUUGUAAAUAUGUACAAUAACCUUUGUUUGUUUGUUUGAUUUACUAAAUUUCACUAUGGGGUUUAUUGGUGUUCACUUAUUCACUGACAUAUAUAUAUAUACUUCUCUCUGUGUUUACAUCAUGUCAAUCAAUAGGCUAUUACAGUAGCUAAUUCACGUUGAAAUGCUUGGACCAGACUGUAUGCCAUAAGCUCUGAGCACUGUUUAUUGUAUCUGUGGUGGGGUUAUUUGACUAUUUCAGCUUGUGUUUUACGACUCCCGUCAUCACUAAACGCCGUCAAGAAUGUAUACAAGUAUCUAACUGGUGCUUAAUCCACUACAAUCACAAGUGGGCAGUUGUGCCAAGAAUGAGAAAAGAAACGUCUCUCUCAGACGGCUGUGCAGUCUCUCCUCCUGAGUGGCUGCUUCGGUCCAGGUUGGAACACUGGCCCUGUGUGUCUGCUGAAGUGCUUCCAGACGCCGCAGAGCUGCAGAUCACAUGAGAGAUCUAAAAACCAACCUAACAGGCUGGUAAUCACUGCUAAUCACGAUGGGGGACGUAUAGUGAGGGAGGCCUACAGACGACUGUCAGUCUGACGGGGAGAAGCCAAGAUUGUCUCGCCGCUCACCGGCAACUUUUCCACUGCAAAGCCCCAACAGGCUUGUCGGGACCAUCUUGAUGUGUUUUGACAAUAUUUCUUGUUCAUAGCUGAAGAAACUAGAUCUGUUGGGAAACAAAACACUGAGACGUGUUGUCUUUGGGUGAAAUUGGUAAAUGAUGUGGCUUGAGGUGCAGAUGUUUGGCGACGCAAUUGAAAACAAAAAUACUUUUCCACUUAUUACACAGGCCCCAUUUCUUGAGUUAUGGGAACCUGUGUCACAAUAGUCUCACACGAGACUAAACAAUAGACAGGACCAAAAAGAAAGAGAUGUUUUUUGGAGGGGAACCCACACUGAUAGAGUUUACGAAGAGCAUCUUGGCACACAGCAGUGGCUUACACCUGGGUUGUAUCACUUUUCUGGGUAGUUUGUGUUUUUCCCCACCUGAACUGAGACAUAAAUUUAAAGCGGCCAUAAUGAGAAAUUAACGUGUAUAUAUUGUACGGCUACCAAGCACCAUUUUGCUUUACCCACCAUAGUUGCACUACAUUAGGUACAAUCAUGCCAGAAAAACAACAACAAAAGUAACGAUAAUAUAGAACUGAUCCAGAUACAGUUUUAUACCACAUCUACUCAAACUAUGCUCAGUUUAGACUCAGUGUUGUGCAGCAGAAAGCCAUUUAGAGCUGGAGCACAGGACAAGAUCUCUGUGGGGGGGGAGAAGGAGUUCAACACUGCCCCCUAACGGUGAAGAUGGUUCACUGCAGACUGCAACUCCACAUAUUGAACCCUGUUAGCCAGAUAUGCACACACACAGGUCUAUUAAACAUUAUCAGCCAAGCCAAUUCAAUUCAAUAAACUGACAAUACUUGGUUUUAAAGACAGGUUAUGUCCUGCAACUUUCUAACUUUAAUGGGGACUUAUAUGCCACUAUUUGUUUAAAAGUUGGCAGGUGAUAUUGUAAAACUAGCUUACGGUGGACUCUUUUGUUGCUUCAUAAUUUGCUUCAUAACUGUUUUGACUGAUAAAACUUGACUACAAA